AUGGUAAAUGAAAUUAAGAAUACUGAGGAUAAAGUUAUCAGUACAUUAGGCGACAUUAAACGAGCAGUUUCAGAUUUUACGGGCAUGUUUGCAGACAUGAAGGAGAACAUAACAGACAACAUGUUAAAGAAAAGUGACGAGAUAAAAAGGAGGGAAGAAUCCUUCAAGAAAUUAUUUGAGGAGACACGAACAAACCUCACGAGUGACAUUGAAGCUAAAACAGAAGAACUUACUAAACUACAAGGAUUCUUCAAGAACUUAUUUGAUGAGACAAGAACAAACCUCACUAGUGACAUGGAAGCUAAAAGAGAAGAACUUACUCAACUUCAGGGUAAACUUGAACGACCUCCGAUUGCUUUCUAUGCACAUCACGUGUUAGAUUUGGUUCUUGAUACUACAGAUGAGAUUGUUAUAUUUACGAAAAGUGUGAUUAACGAGGGAACAGGCUACGACACUUCUACUGGAAUAUUUACAGCACCUAUCGGAGGACUGUACCAGUUUUCUGUUCAUACAUGUUCUAAUCCUGCAAAUUUUGCUUGUAUUGAUCUUGUGUUGGAAGAUAAAGUUAUUACAGCAGGUUCAUACUAUGAUAAGGUUUAUUACAGUGGUAGCACUGUUGGAGCAUUAGUAAGAGUAAAAUCAGGAGAACAAGUUUGGGUUAAAGCAACAUCGUCAGCUUCUAACAGCCGGCUGUAUCAAGACUCAUAUAGGAUGAACACAUUUAGUGGAAUACUUGUCAUUAACUGA